CGAGACUGCAUUGCUUUGGACCAUUCCUUUGUAUGGACCAUACUCGACCUCGAUCACACAAUGGGCACUUUCGAAGAAACGACGCGUCUCCACGGAGCCUCCGUCUUGGAUGUUACGGCAAAGGGACCAGAGCAAGAAUCUGUGACAUCCUGGAGGGAACGCAGUGGCAUAAAUCGCGAUACGCAGAUUCAUCUGGUGAAACUGGCACACAUGCGGUACCAACAUCCUGAUUUGGAUGAACUAACAACGUUUAUGAAAGACUUUGGUACCCAGGUUGCUAAGAUAACAGAGGAUCAGAUCUGGUACCGCGGGUACGGCACGGACGCCUAUGUUUACUACGCACGAAAAGGGCCGAGAGCAUUUCUUGGUGGCACAUUUGAGGUCGAGUCGUACCAGGACCUGGUCAAGGCCCGGGAGCUUCCGAAUGCUAGUGCUAUCAAAGAGCUGACCGAUCACCCUGGUGGGGGUCAUUUAGUGACGGUGACUGAUCCGGAAGGUCAUCCUGUCAAUCUUAUUCAUGGACAGGCACUUGCGGAGCCGGGUGAGUAUCCGGAGAAGCUCGCUGUCAAUUACGAGUCAGACAAGAAUCGUAUUCGGAAGUUUCAGCGAUUUGUUCUUGGACCCGCACCCGUGCACAAGCUCGGCCACUAUGGGUACUGCGCCAAGGAUUUCCCUGCCAUGCUUGACUUCUACACUAGGCAUUUUAAUAUAGUUCCGAGCGACUUCCUCUAUGUCGAAAAGGAUGGCGAAAAGGUCAAUGUCGCGGUGUUCGCGCAUAUUGACAGGAAGCAGGACUACGUGGACCACCACAGUUUCUUCAUGAGUACCAACGAGUCAUCACACGUCCAUCACUGCUCAUUUGAAGUCCACGACUUUGACACACAAAAUUUGGGGCACCAGUGGCUUGCUAAGAAGGGUUAUAAGUCUGUAUGGGGCGUAGGGAGGCACAUUCUUGGCUCCCAAAUUUUCGAUUACUGGUGGGACACCACCGGAAACAUGGUUGAGCAUUACGCGGAUGGGGAUCUUGUGAACGACGAAACCCCGAUUGGGUAUAUGCCUGCCACAAAUGAGUCGCUUGCAGUUUGGGGACCGGAUGUACCUGCUUCGUUUAUGGAGUAGAUGAUAUCCAUGGAAUAAAAAGGAC